AAAGAUAGAAAAGCCAGUUUUUUAUUAAGUCUCUUAUGUAUUCCUGAACCAUCUUCAGUUCUGCUGUUGCUUCUUUGAAUCAAACUACUUGCAAGUCAUCGAAAUUUUCUGCGGGAUUUCAGGCAUUGUUGUUCAGCAUUUAAAAACACGAAAUGUCCAGUUCAAAGUUUCAAAGUUUACAAGGCCUUCGCGGAAUUUCUAUUAUUCUAGUACUAAUCUUCCACCUAUUUCCCAAAAUUUUCAGCAACGGAUUUGUGGGAGUUGAUAUGUUUUUUGUGCUUUCUGGAUACUUGAUGACUAAAAUUCUGUCAAAAGAAUUUACAUUAAAAUCGGUUCUGAUUUUUUAUAAAAAUCGAUUCAUUAGAAUAAUUCCACUGUACUAUUUGACAAUAUUUGGAACAAUUAUUGGUGUUCUCUGUCUUGUACUACGAACUGAACGAUCUGAUUUCUUAUUUGAUGUCAGGUGGUGUCUCCCAUUGAUUUCAAAUUUUCAACCAAUAUUUGAACAUCAUUCUUACUGGGAUCAAGUAUCUACAAUUCGGUAUUUAACUCAUCUCUGGUCGCUUUGCACAGAACUGCAGUAUUACCUGAUGGCACCUAUUAUUUACUUCAUAGCUUCAAACCUCUCAAAUUCAAAUCGUAUAUUUGGUUAUUCUCUUGCAAUAAUUAUAUUGUUCUUAUUUCAACUUUUAACUCCAUUUGAACUCUCAUAUUGUUUUCUCGCAUCAAGAGUUUGGCAGUUUUUACUUGGAUCAGUAGCAUUUGAUCUGUCACAGAAGAAUAACGAGACUAUGGAUUUUUAUAUUGAGAUGAAGAAAAAUAAGGAAAAUUGGAAUCUAUUUGAUAUUGUUCCUUAUAUAUUUCUAGCUGUAUUAACGACAGUACUCAUUUUACCAUGGAUGUUUGGAGAGCACCUCACACGAUUUGCAAUGUCGAUUUGCGCGGCAAUAUUGUGCCUUUUAUGUGGUCGUCUGGAAAAUUCAUUUUUAACAUUUCCUCCGUUGGCAUUUAUUGGUGAUAUUUCCUAUGUUACUUACCUGAUUCACUGGCCAGUCAUCAAUUUUGUAAAGUACAUUCAACAAAAAGAUCAUCUGAAUUUGGAAGUUUAUGAAGCUGUAAUUGCAAUUUUUGUAGUUUUUGUGUUAUCUCUACUUUCACAUUUUCUCAUCGAGAAGAAACUGUCCCAGUUUGAUUUCUAUAUCAACUUUACAAUUACCGCUUUCACGAUUGGAAUGUGUUUAGCCAUGAUUCCAUGGAUUGAAAAUAAUCAAUGUCUUGCCAUGAAAACAUUAUCUAAUCCUUUGAUUGAAAAUGCUGAAUUUAACUUUAAUAAAUCCAACACAAUCAUUCCAAUUUCGGAUCUUGGCUGUGAUUUUAAUGAAACUACUGCGAAAUUGCCCUUGAACACGUUUGGUAUUGAAUAUUGUUCAAAAAAAGGAAAUGGCACCGGAACUAUAAUGGUAAUUGGAAAUUCGCUUUCGAUACGAGCUUUUUCGACUAUUUUCAAGCUUUUUGACGGAAGAUAUGAAGAAAUUCGAUUAUUUGCAAAACAUGGUGGAGCUCCACUUCUAAAUAUUGUCCCACUGUAUAAUGCAGUUGUUCUUGACAUGGCAAGAGAUAUUAAACCUGAUCUUUUGUGGAUUAUUCAGGGAAUGAACGAAAUCACUUUUCAUGGUACCUCUAACACCUACAACUUCGAGUCAAAUGCUCUUGAUGAAGUGAUUCCUAAGACGUUGGAUACAUUCAAGACUGUUGCGAAAAUGGUUUUCAUUGAUCUUCCAUAUUAUGUUACAAUAGACUAUCCAGCAAAGUUGAUGGCAAGAAGCUUGAUUUAUAGAAAAAAUCUGGAAGAAAAGUUGGCGGUCAACUUUAAGACCGUCAACAGACAACUUUCAGACCAAACUGAUAGACUAUUGAAUGCUAAUUGCAGUAAUUGUCAAUUUAAUGAUAUUCAGAAGGCUCUCACGAAUGGAUCCGACAAGUUUUAUCUCUUCGAAAAAGAUACCUAUAAAGCAUUGACUUACGAUGGAUCUCACUUGACACUUACCGGAUUUAAAUAUAUUGAACCCAUUUACCAAAAAGGAAUUGAUAGUUACUUUCAAAUGUUAGAUUCCAGUGAAAACCUCUAAUUUUUUAUCCUUAUUUCUGAUUUUCAGAUCUUAUUUGUAUAUUUAGAUAUAUAAAAUAGUGUCCAAU